AUGGGCCCCUGUACCGCCUCCCCAUGCUGCUGCCAGGCCCGUAAUCUGCCAUGGGCCCCCGUACCGACUCCUCAUGCUGCUGCCAGGCCCGUAAUCUGUCAUGGGCCCCUGUACCGCCUCCUCAUGCUGCUGCCAGGUCCAGAGUGUGUCAUGGGUCCCUGUACGGCCUCCCAUUGCUGAUGUCUCUAUCGCCACACUCUGCCAUGUGCCACUUUCAGGUCUCCUCACACUGCUGGUGGUUUCCAUUUUUGUCAUAGGGUGCUGUAUGGCCUCUCAUUGCUGCUGCCUCCACCGCCACACUGUGGCUCCACACUCUGGUUUUGGCCCCGUGACUGCCCAAAUGAGUGAAGUGUGCGGUGAUUCUAAGAUCGACGGCACUCAUCUGCAUGUCAUACUGACUGACAGUAUUAUUUCUCUUCCCCAGCAGACUCCAAGGGCAUUUAAAUUAAAGGUACAGUGUUCUGCACUAAUAUUA